AUGGAGCUGGAGCACCAGAUGCGGCGCGGCGAGAAGGCGAUCAUCAAGCAGAUCAAUGCGUACCACAUUCUCCAGGACAUCGUGAAGAGCGAGAAGCAGGCGGCCAAGAAGCAGGAGCUGAAGAAGCUUCAGCAGGAGCAAAAGCUGCAGGAAGAGCCGCUCGUCCGCGUGGCCGGAAAGUACACCAAACUGGACCGCGAGACACCCGUCUCGUUCUCCGAGGAGCUCACCGGCAACUUCCGGACGCUCAAGCCCAAGGGCAACCCGCUGUUGGACCGCUUCGACAGUCUGCACAAGCGCAACAAGAUCGAGAUCGGCCGUCCGAAGAAGACGCGUAAGGCCAAGAACUUCCGCCACGAUAUGCGAGGUGCGCAGGUGGUGGAAAUCCGUCGAGAGGAAUACGAACGCACUAAGCGCUCCAUCCUCAAGAAGAUUCGCCGUCGUCUCGUUAUCCUCGGAGUGAUCAUUGGCCUUUUGGCGGUCGUGGCCUUCGCUCUCGGCGGAGUAAUUCGGGGCUACUACAUGAACAUCCUCAAGUUUCAUCGAGUGUUUGGGCGCGUGAGUCUGGUCAACUUGUACUUCAUCUACGCAGCCGUCUCGCUGGUUUUCAGCUUCCACGGGUUCUACAUCGACGGCAAGUGGCGCAAGCUGCAGCAAGACGGAAACCGCUUGAUCCUGCACGUGCGCUCGUUUUUCGUGCUCGGAGUCGGCUCAUGGGCACUAGCGCUUUGGCUGGGCAUUGCUACGUUGUCGGCUUUCGGACUAGUGGAGGUUCAGUACAUCUCGUCAUCCAGUCCCAACCUCAUCUAUCUCACGACACUCGUCAUGGUUACCGUGCACCUUCUCGUCUCGCCUUGGUUGCUGCGCACAAUUCACCGAAAAGGGUCCCAGGCAGAUGAGUUCUUUGGGACGGCGUCUCAGCGUAAACCACGACGACAGGGCAGUGCCAAAGCUGGUUUGAACAGGAAUCGCAGCGGGUUUUUCAAUGAGGAGGGCAACGCGUCGAUAUCUCACCUACAGUUAGCGAUGGAGGGCGAAGAAGAGCCCCCACGCUCAGCUCGUCGGCAGUCGCCAAGUCCACGCCCUGUUUCCUCUCGAGACCCAGUUCCCACCCGCGAUGUUGUAGAGGUGCCUCCACCUGCGGAGCCUCAAGGUUACCACCAGAUUCCGUUCGCUUCGCCCGUUUUCCUGAUGGACCCGGAGGCUAACCUGCCACCUCCAGAGUUCUGGCAGCUCUGGAAGCAGACGAAGACAACGGGCGCGUUCUCGUGCUCCUUCGCCAAUCAGCCGAGUAGAGCAGAUUUGGAGCGACAUUUAGAAGCGCAUGGGUUUCAUGUCGUUGCUGUGGAGCAGAAGGACAGUGUGCUACAGGUGUAUUUCUACGGGUCGCAGUAUGGUACAGACACCGUCUUCCUUUGCGAGUUUGUGCUGCUCUUUGCACGACGAUUCUUCCAGGCAACGUUCAAGUGCGAGGAUCGGGACUCGGCUUCUAACUUUGUGACAAGAUUCAAUCUUCAGGACCUACUGAUCGUAGAGAGUUAG